GCGCAGUUGAAAGAGCGCGUGCGGACCGGACCGUACCGUACUGGGAGCGACAAGGAGCGACGAGCAGAGCGGGAACAGAGCGAGAGCAGAGCGACGAGCAGAGCGGGAGCAGAGCGGGAGCGCGCGCCGAGCCCCCGGCUGCAGUGCGAGCAUCCCGGGUCCCGGGCAGCGCCUCGCAGGACCCUCCGGCCCGCGCCGGGCAGAGCCCGCCCAUGAAGCCGCCCGCAUCGCAGGGCAGCCCCGCGGCCGCCGCAGCCGCAGCGCCGGCCCUGGACUCCGCGGCCGCCGGCGACCUGACGGACGCGCUGUGCGAGUUCGACGCGGUGCUGGCUGACUUUGCGUCGCCCUUCCACGAGCGCCACUUCCACUACGAGGAGCACCUGGAGCACAUGAAGCGGCGGAGCAGCGCCAGCGUCAGCGACAGCAGCGGCUUCAGCGACUCCGAGAGUGCAGAUUCAUUUUACAGAAACAGCUUCAGCUUCAGUGAUGAAAAACUGAAUUCUCCAACAGACUCCACCCCGGCUCUGCUCUCUCCCGCCGUCACUCCUCGGAAAGCCAAACUAGGAGACACGAAAGAGCUAGAAGACUUUAUUGCUGAUCUUGACAGAACAUUAGCAACUCAGUUGCAUUAGACCCAUGUAACAAGCCUGUCUACUUCAUGGAAAUUGCAGCGGGCUGACCAGUCAUACCAGUUAAUCAGACAUACAUUAUGUGGGAAGUCUGCCAUUAGGUAUGUGAGAAAAGGAGAAGUUCUGGGUCCUUUCAUCAUAAGGGAAAAGCUUCAGAAAGCUCCAAGGACCUGGUAAAAUCAGCUACAGAAUUUGCUGCCAGAAGGAAUAGAGAUGAGCACAUGCCUACCACCAGGCCAUUCCCAGCUGGUCCUAAAACUAGCCUUUGGGCUCAUCCUUGAGCAAUUUCGACAGUGAAACUGACUUUGUUUACCUGCUUGCAGCAUAUUAGAGCAGACCACUCAUGCUAAUAUUAUAUUUCUCUUAAAAGAUGGCUUUCAUGUAAUUUAAAGUGCUUUUAUGAAAAUAUUUGUAAUUAAUUAUAUAUAGUUGGAAACAGUGAUAUGCUUUCCUCAGUAUAAUAUAUUUUUGUAUGCAAAUAAAAUUUGAACUGGAAUCUG